AUGAGUCAAUCAAGCCGUCUACUACCGGAGGAAUUUCUAAAGAUUGUGCCCGCGGUCUUUGAAGAGGCUAAUGCGGCAAAAAAGUCCGUUAACUUAUCAGUGAAAAGAUUGGUUGAAAGAGACGUGGUAGAGGGAAACGAGGAGUUCAACUCCAGGGAUCUACCACUUUCUGAUGUAUCAAGGAAAGCCAAGUUUACAAUUAUCCCAGAGGAAGCACACAACAAACAGUACGACGUAUUAGUGCGUAUCAAAAAAAGCCAUGGGGAAACCCUCGUUAAAUAUUCCACAGUGGUAAAAGCGGAACAGCUAGACAAGUUUUGGAAGGACUAUUCAUCAGCGAUCAAAUCAGGCAUGGUUGGUCUUGUGAAGAAGAAGAAGAACAAAAAGGCCAAGAAAUCCUUGCGAAAGUAA